AAGGCUCUGGGCCCAAAAAAAACAGGCUGGGACAGGCUCUGAGAGAGGCAGAUGAGGAUGCUGGCUGGCCGGGAAACAACAAUCUUAUCUUGGAUGCUAAGAACCUGCUGACAAAGUCUCAGAACAUUUUCUUAACAAGAUAGCUGAAAACCUUAGCAAAUUUCCCCAAAGCAUCCUUUAGCAUCCGGUACAAGCCUGAGAGAUAAACCAAGAUGUCUAAUACUGGAGCGAUUCAGAGAAGCAAAUCUAUCACCCGGUUCAAGAAGCCUGUAACCACCAGCCAAGACACUAAAAUGACUCCCGAACAGACCGCAUGCUAUUUGGCCUUUGCUGAUCCCAGCAAUCCUAAGGUGAAGGCAAUGCUGGCUUCUGCUCUUAUGAAGGACAGGAAGGUUGUGGAUAUAGAGGGAAAGGAGGGUGAAGACAAACAACUCAUUGGGAUCCUCAAAGCUGCUGAGGCGCGAAACCGCCUUCGAAAUGCAAGACUCCAGUAUCAGAAUCUGAGAGCACAAGAGAUCAACUUCCUGAUUUCCUUCCAGAGGAAUGCUAAAGGCGCUGUGAGACUGGAGGUCUUCCUUCCUCCCCGGAGGAACCUUGCAAAAUUAUCUGACUGCAUGAACACAGUCCAGAGAGGGCGGAUUGAAGAGAUCCUGGAGGAUGAGACGGGGGAGAUCUUUAUCAGGAGGCCUUGAACCUCCCAUAGAACAAGGCAGUACAAGGGACAGAAGAUACGGAUGGGAGCCAACCAGACCGUGACUCGCUGGAGGCCUGCCAUUUAGCAAAGUUACUCCUGUUGAAUAAACCACAUGGAUUAUUA